GGGAGGGGUGGGGGGGGGAUUCUCACAACUAUAUGACCUAACUUCUCUUCAUUACCUGUUCUCACACACAGUAGGCUUUUUUUCUUUAGUCUUUUCUGAGUAAUUUUCUGACAUUGUAUCUUUUUCAGUGAGUCUACAUUUUAACGUUGACGGGAUGCAAUUUUGGUAGGUGUCGUUAGAUUCGUAUUCUGAACCUUUAUUUAUUCCCAAUUAGUUCAAACACAUGACAUCUUGUUCUAAUAGUGGGCAGGGGCAUUGGGUGUGAAUGUAUAGUGACGAUGUCUGAUUUCAUAGAUCAUUGUCGCUUACUUUAGCUUUAAGGCUGCGCUCAUCCUCCUGCAUAGGUCAUGUUCUCAGUCAGUGCAUUGAAUGUCCUUGAAAUUCGGCAUCAGUAGGCUUUACAUUCUGAACGUUCUUGUUUACCACUCGAUGAGGACCUUAGGAUAGUUUGAAUAUGAUUAUCUGACAGGUGUGCAUCAAUGUAACCCAAAAAUGCCAUUAUUUGAGUCUUCUGUAUUUUAAAAACGAUCCACUCAGCAAGUUUUUCCCUAUCCUCUUAAACUGUUUUUAUGAUCAGCCCGUGUAAAUAUAACCUGCAAAGAAUAUGAGCGCUUGGACAGUUAUGCAAGCUCUGUGGAAGAAUAGCCUAUGGCACGUUGUAAAAUAAUGAUAUAUUAUUGAUGCGCUCUGCAAGUUCUAUCCAUCAGCCGCACGGUCUUAAAAUAUCAUGAGUCAUGGAAGUUGCCAGAGCAGCCACAGAGCUGCAGCGCCGGCUCACAUGAGCAAGUAGCGCAGCCUCCGUCUACAAUGCGGUAGAAAAACUCCUGCCGCCUACCGUCAUACCCACACACACCCUCUGAUGUAACUUGUUAGGAUAGGAGGAUACACAGAUAAUAGUGACGGCAGGAAUCGCCGAUAUAUUAAAAGGAAAAACGACCAUCAGACCACAGAAUACAUCAAGGUGCAGAAUGGCUUUAGAUAGCCAGGACCCCUUGCCUCUUCCUGGGAACCUCACCAGGAGACAGGUGAAAGGCUUCAUGCGAGUGGAGCCCAUUACGCUGGGGUCCAUUCAGAUCCUGAUUGCAGUGUUGACCAUGUUCCUGAGUGUCUCUUUGCUAACUCCCUACGACCUCACCUCCCAGGACUUCGUCAAUUACAGUAUUGAGAUUCUCAUAGGUUCAGCGGAGUUAAUCAUAUCAGGCGCUGUCCUUAUUCACACUGGGAGACGGCCCUCAAUGUGCAUGAUCACAGCAAUGCUGGUAUUCCACCUCGUGAGUCUGGCCAUCAGUAUAGCGGCCAUCGCUAUGCUUUCCAACCACCUGCCGUACCGACAGAACAUGUACCACUGCGAGCACUGCAGUGAGCUGGAGCUGGACGUGGCGCAACAACACUGUUUCAAGACAUGCGCUUACAAAGUGGAGAGCCCCUGUAAAUAUUUGAUUGACGGCCUUCUCAUCACCCUGGUGGUAUUCAUUACUCUGGAGCUUCUGAUCUGCAUCAUAGCUAUACUGUUCGGCCUGCAGGUGCUCAUCCAAGGUAGAACACAGCUUCCUCGUCUCACUCAGAAAACUGCACCAGGCCAGUCUAUUGAGGCUCCCCUGUCUGAGGAGGCAGUAGAGGAAGGUACUGUUGCUGUAGAGGUGGAAACACUUCCAGCAGAACCAGUGGUGGAUCCACCGCCAUAUAAGGUCUGAGUUUACCGUCUUCUUUCAGCAAGAGGAAGACUUCAGGGAAGGUGAUGGGGUGCUCAGCGCAAAGCCAAAAGACUGCUUUGUAGCUUCCUUUCUGUUGGCAAACCCACUGACCUAAUUGUAUGACUACUUAUGGUUUGUAUGGAAUGUGGUUAAUCAGUUAAUCAGUAGCAUAUACAUAUAGCAAAGUACUGUUUAUACUGUUUGACAUGUAUAUUUUUUCAGUAACUGGAUCUGGCAUGUCUGUUAUGAUCAUGUGGCAAUGAAAGAGAACAAACUGUAUUUUGGGGGCCUGUACUGAUACUUGUGUGUCACACUGUGAUGUAAUGGGGAAUGAAAUCCUAUACUAUGUACUAUCACACUUGCAAGAUGGAUGUAAUCGAUGGUUAUCCAGCGAAGUGUUUAACGGCACGUUAUCUGCUUUUGUUUGCUAGACUGUUGUGUUUGAGAUGAAGUUUGUUUGUUUCACAUUCAGAAACCUGACAAGUGUUUCAGCCAUGUACAAUCCAGUCUUUCUAAAUAUUCGUUUUGUGCUUAUUUUUAUAAACUUUUACUGUCAAAAUGUAAUAAAGAUGUUUCUAGCUUACAAAA